AUGGCACGAGAGAACACAGAUUCAGGACCGCCGUUGGGCUUCCUCGCUGUAGAAGUUGACAUUCACCGUCCCCCGGGCGAUCCCUUUAACCAGGAUACAUGGCCCUUUCCCCUCAUCCGCGAAAAGGUGACAGGCACAUCGGAGGCCCAAAUUGUCACCAAUGGCGAUUACGAAGAUGCUUUCAUCGAUCGUUUUGUGCAAGCCACGAUAAGGCUCGCGGAGAGAGGGGCUGUUGGCGCUAUCACCAGCUGCGGUUUCUUGGCCGCUGCCCAAACCAGAUUAGCAGCCCUGUCACCCAUCCCAGUGGCCACGUCGGCUCUCGUUCAAGUUCCCAGCCUCUUGUCCAUUUUCCCGGUUAACAGACCUAUCGGGGUGUUAACAUAUGACAGUGGGAGACUGGGAAACGCUCACUUGCUGGAGCUGGGCAUUGAUCCUAACCGCGUCCGGGUACAGGGACUCUCGGAUGAGAGCCAUCUCAGGGAUAUUUGCGCUCAUGGAGCGAGCUAUGAUGCUGGUCGGUUGGAGAGGGAACUUGUCGCUGAGGCAAAGUCGCUAAUGCAUCGGCAUCCUGACAUAUCUGCAGUGGUCUUGGAGUGUACAAACAUGCCACCUUAUGCCGAUAGCAUUCAAAAUGCAAUUCAGCUGCCGGUAUACGAUGUUUAUACAAUGGCCUUGUGGUUCUACUCGGGGUUGACGAGACGAAAUCCGUCGGCCUGGAAAGCAUCGGAUACUGGGAACACAUAG